AUGAGAAAGAAAUUCUUGACCUUAAAAACGAGAACCAGAAGAACUUGGAGCAGAAUCGAGGAGUUGGAGAAAGGUAAAGUAGAUACCGAUGUCGAGAACGUCAAGCGUGAUGCUGUGAAUAUUGAGCUUAAAGCUGAGAUAGCAAAAUUAAGGCAUGAUAUCGAUGAGCUUAAGGAAAAUCACAAGUUCCAGACUAGGUGCAUCAAAAUAGCUAAGGAAAUUCUUAAUGAGAAACUUA